CCACGUCAGCAGUGCCACGUCAGCAGUGCCACGUCAGCAGUGCCACGUCAGCAACAGUGCCACGUCAGCAGUGCCAUGUCAGCAGUGCCAUGUCAGCAGUGCCACGUCAGCAACAGUGCCACAUCAGCAGUGCCACGUCAGCAGUGCCAUGUCAGCAGUGCCACGUCAGCAGUGCAAUGUCAGCCACAGUGUCACGUAAGCAGUGCCACGUCAGCAGUACCACGACAACAGUGCCACGUCACAGUGUCACGUCAGCAGUGCCCCGCCAACAUGACGGGCGCAGCUCUGGGCAUGCCAGGCCAACUGGCCAACGAGUCUCUUGCCGACUACAAACAGCGGUUCCAGACUCAGCUCGCACUAAUCGAGGCUGAGGGACAGCGCCAAAUGGCAGCCGAGGUUGCCCGCCUACAGGCUGAAGCAGCAGCAACAGCUGAGAAGCAGCGGCUACAGGCCGAAGCAGACGCAGAUACCCAGGCACGCGGCAAGGAAGCCCAGGUUCUGCUGCAGCGGCAUGAAGCCGCCAGCAUCGAAAGACUCGAGUUCUGGCAUUUUCAACUGUCCAACGGCGACGACGCGACACCGGAGGAGCAGCACAAGGAGUUCCUCUCUAAACUCAUGACACGGUUGUUAUACGCUUGCAACUACCAACAGUCCGAGUUAGAGAGACAGAACCAGGAACUGCAGCAACAGUACCAGGAUCUGAAGAAACAGCACCACGAGUUGGCGAACCUCCGUCGGACAGUGCACAGCCACGAGGAUGCUACACGGGCACUCAAUUCCUGUGUACUGGACCUGGAGCAAGCUGCACCAGGACCAGACGCUGGCGAGUCCAGCAGUGCACCCUCUACCCGCCAACUGGAGGAACGCGUCGACCACGUCGUCGCAAUGCUCGGCGACAUCAGCACCUUCGAGGCGCCAACCACCACCAGCAAACAGCUGGAUACAUUGAAGACCGAGGUUCAGCAACUGCAGUUGCCUAACAAGGAUGGCAACAGCACAACGCAUUAUAAGAUGCCGACAUUUCAAAUCGAGAAGUUUGAUGACUACACGCAUCAAGACCCGGUCAUCUGGUGGGAAGGCUUUACGACGCAGCUGCGGAUUCUGUUCAUCUGGUUAACCCACCUGGCAGCCACCCAUGGCGUCGACGUUGCGGAUCUGAAAGACAAGAUCACAUGGGAAGAGUUAACACGGUUGUGGAAGAAGCGGUUCAUCGUGGACGACGCACCUGCACUCGCCAUCAACCGUCUCUUCAACAUGACACAAGGCAACACAGCAACACGUGACUGGCUCACGGAAUGGCAGCAGAUCGCGGCAACACCCGAUCUGGACUUACCAUUUCCGCAUCUGCGCCGCGAGUUCUAUAACAGGUCAUGUGCUGCAUUGAGCCUCACACUUGGUGAUCGCGAGCAAUACGUGACCUUUGCCGAAAUCAUUGACAAGGCAAGAGAGAUCAUCAAGACCAACAGGGCGGUUGCACACGAGAAGUCAACGUGGCAGCCAACCUAUGUGGAGAAGGUGAGAACUGGUCCGCGACCGCAGCAGUUCGCUGCAGUCCAAACGGACAACAUUGUGGAAGACCCAGCAGCCACCCAAGCGUCACGUGAGGAACAUCAGGUGGCUGUUGUCCAGCCGCGAAGCAACAACAAGUCCCGAGUAAAUGGAAAGGUGAAAUCAACAUCGCAGGCCGGAAACGGACAGCCAGCACCAUGGGUCAAGUUCAACUUGACCGAGGCCGAGUACAAGUACCGCGGCCGUUACGGCUGCUAUUACUGGUGCAACAACACCAAGCACAAGACCUCCUUUUGCCAGGAUCAGGCCAAGGAGGAUGUGCGGCCUCCUCUUAGCUCGGGAAACUGAGUUCCGUGGGAGCCUGCAGCAACAUCUGUUUGUAUUUGACAACAAACUCUAUGCUGCCAG